AUGUCGGUGGGUGUAAACCCUGACCCGCAUCCAACAUUGACUUGCGCUGCACAGCCCAAUGUGGAUGAUGCCCAUCUCGCGCUUGGCGCCAUGCCUUCGGGUGAAUCCGAUGUGAACGACGAUGACCCUUCGAUGAAGCCACUGAUGGAUUACUUGCCUCGCACUCUAGAUUCCUCGAGACGUGUCCUGAUCACGACGCGAAAUAAGCAUGUGGCCGAUGGCCUCGGGCAGAGCGUGUCUCCCAUCUCGGUGGGCCCUUUCUCGUUGGCCGAAGCGAGGUCGCUGCUAUGGCAAAAGACCAUCGAGGAGAAGGCCUGGCCUGCUGACGAGGUUGUGGACGAGCUCCUUACAUCGUUCGCAUACAUACCGUUGGCGAUCACGCAAGCGGCGGCCUUUAUCAACCGAAACAUGAUGACGAUUGCGGACUAUCUGAGGGUGUUCCAGACCAGCGAGUCAGAACGGAUGAGGCAGUUGAGUACUAAAUUGCAAGAUCCUCGGCGAGAGCGAGGGUUUCCUAGUUCCGUGUUCCGAACGUGGAGAUUGUCCUUUGACCAGAUGCGACAACGUGAUACCGCCGCGGCUACACUCCUGGCAUUCCUGGCUUUUCUGGACGGGCAGUCAAUUCCGUUGGCGUUGAUGGAAUGGACGCAAGCUCUGGAAGCCGAUUGGCGCCGAGCGCUCGGCAUGGUGACGGGGUACUCCUGGUGGCCGCAGGGGCGGACGAGACGGUCUCGAUCCAUCCUCUUGUACAGGAGUCGGUGCGGUAUUGGCUGGAGCAGCAACACGAGAAGGAGUUGA